CUCAUGCAAAAAAAAAAAAAAAAAAAGCCUCUUCUGACUGGAAGGGGGAGAAGGUAAACAGAGUUGAAUCACCCUCCCCGCUGACCAAUUUGGGGGUGGGGGUGGGGGGGUUGCAACCUUACGUGAUGGGCUUCUGCGAAAUUGCUGCUGAGCAAGAGGAUGCCGGAGCAGUGAGCAGCGGCGGGCGAGGGGAGCGCACCCGGCAGCGGGCACGAGUGGGGAAAACUGUCUCCGCGCCCCGGAGCUUUGUCUGAUCCGCCGGCGCCGCGGGUGACAGUGCCGGGAGCCUCCCGCCGCGCCGCGCCGCGCCGCGGGUGACUGCCGGGGGGGCGGGGGGAGCCACGGCACCUUCGGGGCGCUCUGGUUGUGAGAAUUGCAAACGGAUGACUGGAGACCGCCGCUCCUGCCGAGAGAGCCUGCCGAUAACCCUUCGCUGUGCCUGUUACCAGGGCUGAAGUGCAAGCUGGAGUUUCUGGGGAUCCCCGGCAGAGAGGGGGGGCCCCCAGUGUAGUACUACGUUGUGGAGGCUGCCUGUGGAAGUCAUGGAUUGUUACAUAAAGCUCCGUGGCUGAGGUCGGCUCCCUGCUCGGAUCCUCCCCCACCCCCCGGCUCCUGCCUCUGCAGCCCCAAGGCAGCAGUCUGCUGAUUUCAGAAAAGGAAAAAGAAAAAAAAAAAACCCAUAGGGGGAAGGACAGAGAAGUUUGCCUGCCCGGAUUCUGCUUCUCCUCUUGGGUGUUUCCUUGUCUACACCAUGUCCGCAGUUGCCUACAUGGACUUUGUGGCUGCCCAGUGCCUGGUUUCCAUUUCCAACCGCUCUGCGGGGCAGGAGCAUGAGCCUCAGGAUGCAGAGCUGCUGAAAAUGCCUAACGAAGAAGUGACCAAGGAACUGAAUGACCCCAGAGAUGCCUGGAAGGAUUAUUGUACCUUGGUCACGAUUGCUAAAAGCUUGUUGGACCUGAACAAAUACAGACCCCUCCCAACCCCUUCCGUCUGCAGUGACAGUGUAGAAAGUCCAGAUGAGGAUGUGGGAUCAGACAGCGACGUGACCACUGAAUCUGGGUCGAGCCCUUCCCACAGCCCAGUGGAAAGACAGGAGUCUGGCAGCGUGGCCACCUCUCUCCUCCACAGUGGAGUGCCUGCAAAGGGGAAACUAGCCACUGAAAAAAGACACAAAUGUCCCUACAGUGGAUGUGGCAAAGUCUAUGGAAAAUCCUCCCAUCUUAAAGCCCAUUACAGAGUGCAUACAGAGCCUGAGGUAUUUUGGAGGCACAGACAGCACCAGGCUGAAUACUGAAUCAAGAAAGGAGGAAAUGUUCAUCGUGGUCCAGGCAAGGAAUGUGGGCCAGGACCACCAGGGUCCUCAAGACCUUACCAGGAUCUCUUGACCUCUUGGACAAGGGCAGCUCCAGCUCCAGUAGCCAGACAGACUCAAGUGGGCUGGGAGACCAAGGGGUACAUAAGAAACUGCUGCAGCAGCAGGACUACCACAUGGAAAUGCUGGCACAUCACAGAGCAGGAGACUAGCAACAGGGAUCACAACUGGCUAAAUGCUUGAUCAUCUUAUUGGAAGGAAACAGAAAAUGACUUGCAGAUGGGCAUGCAAAGGACUCUUAUACAAUUUUUAGAUUCAAGGAAGAAAAAGCUGGUCAUUUUGGGAAAGACAAGACUAAUUUAGGCAGAAGAACAGAGAAUCAAUGAUGGAAUGUAUAUGGCAUGAUAACAAAAUGAAACUGCUGAAGCAAGAGGACUUCUGAUUCCAGAGAAUAGAUGCAGAGGCAAAGGCAUAUGCCACUUCCUAUGAUGCUCAGAACCACAACCAGCACAUACUAGACUGCCUCAUGCCUGUUCCCUCUCUCCCCAGUACUUUCAUGACAUGCCUUAUUGUGUCCCUGGCAGCAAACAGAACAAAGAACCAGUAUUUCUUGGAUGUGAAUUUUAUAACUUCAAACAAUUUUCUGUGCAAUUUGUUAUUUUUCUCCUUCUUACUUAUGUCAGCUGGUUUGUGUAUGCUUUUAAAUAAAGUUGAUUUGCAUCAUUA